AUGCACAGCCUGGCCAGUGCACUUCUGCUGUCCUGCUGCAUCUGGGCAUCCCUUGCCCAGAGCCAUGAUGGAGAAGAACAGAGAAGAAGUGUUUGGGAAGACCCCAUUCAGUUUUCUACCAAAGCCAAGGAUCAAUGCUCUAUGAUGGUAACGGGACAGGGUGAGCUGACCAAACUGCGCAUCUCCUGCCAAUCCCGGGACAGAUCCUACUGGUGCGAGUACCAAGGCAAGCCAUACAUUUGCCAUCCCUACAACAACAACCCACGCCACUUCUUCACGCAGAUCAUGUGGGACCUGCGCAAAUUGAGGAAUGCCUGCCAGGGAAAGAGCACAUUCAAACCUUUCAUGUGCAAAAAAGCAUCUGACGAGGCCCAAAUGGUCUUCGCUACCUCCUCCUCAUCCUAUGAUGCACCAGUCCAGCCAAACUGGACUAGAAGAGAUACUACGGAAACUCCAACCACCAGGGAAGAGAUCAGGCCAAGGCAGGCCAGGCCUGACUAUCCAAAAUCCGAUCAAGUCAGGCCAGAACAAGUUAGGUCAAGUGGAGCAAAGCAAAGAACAAAAUCACCGAAAACCCCUUCCAGAUCUCAAGCAGUGAAACCAGAUCAAGCCAGAGCAGAGCAGCGUAGAGGAACAUCAGGAACCAAAUCAGCAAGAUCGAUGACAGUACUGAAACCAAAGAUGACUACACCAGCAACAACAGCACCACCACCAACCAUUCCAGCUGCCUUGAGUACAGCUAAGAGGAUGGCUCAGCAGCACUGCUGGCCUUCCUUACACGGCGUCUGUGCCUUUGUCAUUGGCUGGUUUACAUACUGAGGAAAG